AUGGCGUUUUAUGUGAAAGGAGACUCUGUGACGUUGAUUGUGGACUGCGGGACCCCCAGUACUCAACCCCUGCCGCGACGGUCGGCGGACUUGGAGAACCCCCCAGCCAUCAGCAAUUCUGGAAUCAUUCUCAUCGGUCAACAAUUGAUGGAUGUCAGAUACUUCUCCGGUGCCUUGCAGCAGGUGUACAUUGUGCCGACUCCACAGGCAGCUUAUGAGAUGUGCUCAGUGUAUUCCCCGGACUGUGAUAAGCCUCUGGUGUACCUCGCAGCUGAUUUCCUGUCUUCCUCCGCUGGAAUGCAGGAGAAACUUCUGGCGCCCGAGCUCCUGGUGCCGCCACCGCCGCCGCCGUCCAGCAGCGCGCCCAGACUGAAUGGAUCCGAGGAUUCAUCAGUUGAUGGCUUGGAAUCAGCAGCUGACGGGGUUAAUCGGAGCACAGAGUACAACUAUUACGGGCUCAUGGGACCCCCGGGACCCAGGGGCUACCCUGGCGCCCCUGGUGACCCUGGGCUGCCUGGCCCCAAAGGGGACCCCGGCAGGGACGGGGUUGCUGGCACCUCGGGCAUUGCUGGCCCACCUGGCCACGUUUUCAUGAUCCCAGCAAACAAUUUUGUCGGAACAAUUAUUGCUUCAUUCUUGCAGAUGGCCAUGAGGGGCCCAGUGGGCCCCAUGGGACUCACGGGCCUUCCGGGAGAUGUUGGGCCGCCGGGCGUCGAGGGCCAGAAAGGAGAAACCGGCGAAAUGGGCGAACAGGUUGACUGGUUUUUUGAAGUGAUUGAAAUAGGGGCCCAGAGGUUUGAGAGGAGUCAUGGGGAUGCCAGGAAGGGAGGGGCGAAGAGGAAAACCAGGCAGAGAUGGCCUUUCUCCGUCGUCACCGGGGGGACGAACAACAACAACAACAACGAGGAAAAUAAAUCUGCGGCAUUGGAUGAUAGAAUCCCGCUGGAGGUGGAAGACAGUGUGGUACAACGUCACGUGUGCACUCCUCUCGCCAAGUAA